AUGAGUUCUGACCGAGAGGAGUAUGACAUGGUCUGUCAGAAAGCUGUGACCCUAAUUGUUGACCUUUGCCUUCACAACAGCACAUUGUUGGAUCGGGAGACCUGUCAGGAUUACCUCUUCCUGUUGUCCAGCCAGAGCUCUGACCACAAGGAACUGGACGCUACUUUUGGCCUCCUGCUCGGUGUGUUUGUGGUCUGUGGCCUGGCUCUGCUGGGCCUUCUUACAUUCAUCUCCUGGAAGCUGUGCUGUGAGCCUUGGCGAACUAAGGCACACUUCCCCAGUCCACCCCUCACCCCAUCCUGUGGCCCAGAGCACUGCCCGCAACAGCCGCCUCUACUGCUGCCCAGUCCCCAGCAGUCACCAGUCACCAUGGCGACAGAGAAGGUGAAGGACCCCAUGGGCUCGAUGGGUUUCCUGGAGGCGGCAGUGAAGAUAAGCCGUACAUCUCCCGACAUCCCCACCGAUGUACAGCUCUCCAUGAGGGAGCACUUCCUGCGCCGCACGCAACGCAUGCAGAGGCAAACCACUGAGCCAGCUUCCUCCACUCGGUUAGUCAUAUACACACUCUUUCUUACUUCCUGUCUUUCCUGUCCCUGCAGACACAAUUCAUUCAAAAGACACCUGCCCAGGCAGAUGCAGGUAGGCAGUCUUGACCUGGGAAAUGACUAUAUGGUCGACAGAGAUGAAAAGCCCACCAGCAUAGGGCGCAUCCAGCCAGAGCUCUACCAACAGAAGACCCCGGAAUCAGAGGAUUCGUCCAAGAAGGGCAGCAGCCAAAACUGUGGCACGAUUAACUUCUCUCUGAAGUACGACUAUGAAAACGAGGCACUCAUCGUCAACAUCCUCAAGGCAGUAGACCUACCUGCCAAGGACUUAUGUGGCACAUCUGACCCUUACGUGAAGGUCUACCUGCUGCCUGAUCGCAAGAAGUUCCAGACUCGCGUCCACCGGAAGACACUCAACCCCACAUUCAGCGAGAGCUUCCAGUUUCCUGUGCCUUACGAUGAGCUUGCAGUCAGGAAGCUCCAUAUGAGUGUCUUUGACUUUGACCGGUUUUCACGGCAUGACAUGAUCGGGGAAGUGGUGCUGGAAAACUUGUUUGAAACAUCAGACCUCUCCAGGGAGACGAACAUAUGGAAGGACAUCCAAUAUGCCACCAGUGAAAGUGUUGACCUUGGGGAGAUCAUGUUCUCACUAUGUUACUUGCCCACCGCGGGCAGACUCACACUUACUGUCAUCAAGUGCAGGAACCUCAAGGCUAUGGACAUCACUGGAUACUCAGAUCCCUACGUCAAAGUGUCACUCAUAUGUGACGGGAGACGCUUGAAAAAGAAGAAGACGACCAUAAAAAAGAACACGCUAAAUCCCACCUACAAUGAGGCCAUCAUCUUUGACAUCCCGCCAGACAGUAUGGACCAUGUCAGCCUGCACAUAUCUGUCAUGGACUACGAUUUGGUAGGUCAUAAUGAGAUCAUUGGUGUGAUGAGGGUUGGGUGCCAUGCCGAGGGACUUGGCAGGGACCACUGGAACGAAAUGCUGGCUUACCCACGCAAGCCCAUUGCACACUGGCACCCCCUGCUGGAGUCCAAGAAAUCUGAGAAGGAGUGGAAGGCGAGGACAGCCAGCUUUGACAGCCAAGGUUCCUGCCCCUCACCCAGGCCCCCUGCUAGUCCCUGAACAGAGCCACCUGUGACCCACCAGCCCAGAAGGGGGUUUCCUCCCUCCUGCUGAUCCACUUCCUGUCUGUCUGAUUGAGGAGAAACACAACCCCACUGUAUCUCCCUCUCUCUUUCUCUCUCCGUCCCUCCCUUCCUCAAGUCUAGUCCCAGAGCACUCCCGAGAACUGAUCUAAGACCACCGUCAGUCAGUUAGUUGUGUGAAGCGCUGUCUUUUCGGGUUAAAGUUUUAGGGUCACUGAUUUGAAAUGUGGGUGUUGUGAUGACCCAGUGCUGCCCUUGUUGUCAUCAGAAGAGAUUUGCUGGACCUCUAGUCUGCAGAGUUCUAAUAUUGAGCUGACCGAGCUGAGGUGAGCUUGGUGUCCUCACAGGAGACUUUCCAAAAGCUGAAGAUUCAGCUUUGUGCUGGUAGAGGCUCUUUGAUGGAAAAACUCAGUUGGAUAUCGCUCCCUGAGAUCGGCGGAAGUUUCAAAAAGGGAAGCUGAAGACUCAGCUGGGGUAGAAAAAGAGACGAUCUUUAACGGGAUCUGAGGCAAUUUCAAAACUCUACAGCUCUCUCUUAUUGAAUUUCACAGUGCUGUAUUACCAUAAAAACAAUACUGAACUGUAGCAUUUUGGAACUAUUAGAUGUAAAACCGCUCCAUUAGUUGUUAUUGUUUGUGUAUAGUAAAAGUGAAAUAAAUUUCAAAGCUGCAGCUGAGUUUGCUGUACUUCCAGUUUCAUCAAUAACAUAAGCAAUUAUUGACUUAUUGAGGAGAGGUUGGAUUAGGCUGAAACUGAAAUAUUCUCAGCUUGGAAAAUUGCAGCUUUAGUGUGUUUUCACAAUCAGCCAAGACAAGAGGUUUUGUGUAGAAAGAAGAAGAAAAAACAGGAGUAUUAGCAUUCACAUGAGAUCAAAUUGGGCUGCAGUGUUAUAACUGCUAAAACAAUUCUUGUUUUCUAUCUCUAUCAAUUUUCGAUAGAAGAAGAAU